AUGUUAAGUACCAAGUUGUUUCGGUUGAAUACUUCUUCCAUCCGCUCAGCGGUCCGUUUGCUUUCAACUUAUAAAGGAUGUACUAGCGGGACACUGGGAAAAGAUAUGGACUUUAAGUGCCAUGUAAAAGAAGUGAUUAACGGGACUCCUGAAAGUGUUUCUCCCUGGCAUGACAUCAGCUAUGUCAGUACUCCCUACUCGAAGAGUAAUCCCGCUGUAGUGAAUUUUAUUAUGGAGAUUCCGCGCGGUCAAAGUGCCAAAACAGAAAUCAAUACAAAACUCUCUUUCAACCCAAUUAUGCAGGAUAAGAAGAAUGGAAAGCUGCGCUUUUACGGUGCUCCCUCCAUGAUUAAUUAUGGAGCGAUUCCUCAGACCUGGGAGAAUCCGCACAAGACUGAGCUGACCGAUAUUGGUUCGUUCUGCGGAGAUAAUGAUCCCCUGGACAUCAUGGACUUCAGCUACCUUCCCCAUCAGUUAGGAGAUAUCUACCAAGUGAAAGUGUUUGGAGCAAUCGCUCUCAUUGACCAGGGGGAGAUGGAUUGGAAGAUUUUGGGAGUAAACGUGGAAGAUCCUGUUUGUGCGCAGCUUCGAGACUACUGCGACUUUUUCGAGCACUACCACUCGGAUCUGGAUAAGAUGCGGCAGUGGCUGCGUACGUACAAGAUGGUCGAUGGGAAAGGGGAGAAUCGAUUGGCCUUUGAUGGAAUUCCAUAUCAAGAAGGAGACGCGUGGGACAUGGUGAUUGUUCCGAACCAUCAGGAAUGGGAGAAAUUGCUGAAAGGAGAAGUGGAUCCCGGGAAACUAUGUUUGGAUCGAAAGUAUAAGUGA